AUGCCAGAUGACUGGGACAUAGAUACACCUUCCAUAUUGACAGAUGCAUUCGGAGAAGAUGGGGAUUUGAGUGGACAGUGUGUCAACAAGCCUGUUGGUAAUAAAUCAAAUGCCAAAGAGUCUACGCCACCACAGAGACAAAACCGGCCAAGAACAAAACCGUCCAUUGAUAAAUGUGGUACAUUUAAUGACAAGCAUUCAGAGAUUGAAGCACAAGUCAAUAAGAAGAGGUUGAUAAAGAGAGCAGUGACCACUCAUCGCAAUGUUCAUCGUUCCAGUGGGUGUCUAGAAAGGUCUGAAAUGAUUACUCAGAUACCUAACUAUUCAGUUUUUGAAGGUAUUAUGAAUAAUUAUUGA